CAUCACCGCCCCGAGCGCUCCCACAACCCCCAAUUGCACCCCGUCUCCGCUCCAUUCCCCCCGCUGCUGCCGCAAUGUUUGCCCAGCGUGCUCUCGUCCGCGCUAGCCCGCGUCUGCGGCUCGCCCGCGCGCCCCUCCGCCGCCGCAUGUACAGCUCCGAGUCCCCGAAGCAGUUUGCCGGCGCCGAAGACAACGAGUUCAACCGCGAGCGUGCCCGCAUCCAGGAGCACGCCGCAGAGAGCGGUGAAUUCUGGCGCAAGCUCACCCUCUUCGUAGCCGUGCCCUGCCUCCUCGUCGCCGGCGUCAAUGCGAAGCUGAGGUGGGAUGCUCACUGGGAGCACAAGGCACACGAUGUCCCAAUCGAGGAGAAGCCUGAGUACUCCUACCAGAACAUCCGAACCAAGAACUUCUUCUGGGGCGACGGCGACAAGACGCUCUUCUGGAACGACAAGGUCAAUUACCACAAGAAGGACGAGUAGCCUGCGCGUCCUGUCCCGUUCGGCAGCACGCAUUGGCAGCAAGGCAUUGUACAUAGUAG